UAGGUACGCACAUUUUGAAACCCAAAGCUUUUCGGACCAGAGUUCAUUCUAUCUGCCGAAAAAAAGAGAAAUGAGGGAAAUUGUGCAUCUCCAAGCUGGCCAGUGCGGAAACCAGAUUGGUGCUAAGUUUUGGGAGGUGAUCAGUGAUGAGCACGGGAUUGACCCAACUGGUACAUAUCAUGGUGACAGUGACCUGCAGCUGGACAGGAUCAAUGUCUACUACAAUGAAGCCUCAGGUGGGAAGUAUGUGCCCCGUGCUGUGCUGGUUGAUCUGGAGCCAGGCACCAUGGACUCGGUGAGGUCUGGCCCUUUUGGCCAGAUCUUCAGACCAGAUAACUUUGUUUUUGGCCAGAGUGGUGCAGGCAACAACUGGGCUAAGGGUCACUACACAGAGGGUGCAGAGCUGGUGGACUCUGUUCUGGAUGUGGUACGGAAGGAGGCUGAGAGCUGUGACUGCCUGCAGGGGUUCCAGCUCACCCACUCCCUAGGUGGUGGAACAGGCUCAGGUAUGGGCACACUGCUCAUCAGCAAGAUCCGUGAAGAGUAUCCUGAUCGCAUCAUGAACACCUUCAGUGUGGUGCCUUCUCCAAAAGUAUCGGACACAGUUGUCGAGCCCUAUAAUGCCACGCUAUCAGUCCACCAGCUUGUAGAAAAUACAGAUGAGACCUACUGCAUCGACAAUGAGGCCCUGUAUGAUAUCUGCUUCCGCACCCUCAAACUCACAACCCCCUCAUAUGGUGAUCUCAACCACCUGGUUUCUGCCACCAUGAGUGGUGUCACUACCUGCCUCAGGUUCCCAGGACAGCUCAAUGCUGAUCUGCGUAAGUUGGCUGUAAACAUGGUGCCAUUCCCCCGUCUGCACUUCUUCAUGCCAGGCUUUGCUCCCCUCACAAGCAGAGGCAGCCAGCAGUACAGAUCACUCACUGUGCCAGAACUCACCCAGCAGAUGUUCGAUGCCAAGAACAUGAUGGCUGCCUGCGACCCACGUCACGGCCGUUAUCUGACUGUGGCUGCAAUCUUCCGGGGCCGCAUGUCCAUGAAGGAGGUGGAUGAGCAGAUGCUCAAUGUGCAGAACAAGAACAGCAGCUACUUUGUUGAGUGGAUUCCAAACAAUGUCAAGACCGCUGUCUGCGACAUUCCUCCCCGUGGCCUCAAGAUGGCUGCUACUUUCAUUGGCAACAGCACUGCCAUCCAGGAGCUGUUCAAGCGCAUCUCUGAGCAGUUCACAGCCAUGUUCAGGCGCAAAGCUUUCCUCCAUUGGUACACUGGUGAGGGCAUGGAUGAGAUGGAGUUUACUGAGGCAGAGAGCAACAUGAAUGACCUGGUUUCUGAGUACCAGCAAUACCAGGAUGCCACUGCUGAAGAGGAGGGUGAGUUUGAAGAGGAGGGUGAGGAGGAGCUGGCCUAAAUGCUGCACUUUUUCCAAGUUCUGAUAACAUUUGCAGUGAAAUGUAAUGUUCCGGGUCUUUCCAGUUUUCAGUGAAAUGUAAUGUUCCAGGUCUUUCCAGUUUCCAGUGAAAUGUAAUGUUUCCAGUACAGUUUUCAGUGUUCUGUCUGCUGUUCAUGUGAAUAAAAUCUUCUGCAUAUUGA